CCCACCCAUUAAGAAUAGUAUCUGAUUAUUAAUAGUUUUUGAGCUGAAGAACGGUUAUAAAUAUAAGCCUCACAUUUAUCUUAUUAGUUCGCGCACAUUUAUUGCACUGAAUUAUAUGUUUCUAUAACGAAAUUUGUGAUUUCCUUUUAAUGAUUUGAGUUGUGUUUCUAUCGUCGCAUCAUGUAAUCUAUCAGGUACGCAGAGAUGAUCUUUUUCCACGAAUAAUUAAUGAAGUAAAAAUAUUUUGCCUAUCAGUAAUAACACAACUUUAAAAAAAAAUAAUUUACGUAAGAGAGGAACAUGAAAAAAGAGAAUUAUACUUAAUACAUAUAACGAAUAAAUAAUAGAUUUUUAUGUAUCAAUAACCGUAAAAAAAUAAUUUACAAAAGCAAUAAGUUACACUUAAAAAAUACACGUAAUAUAUAAAUAAUAGACCUCAUACAUAUCUACAAAGAAAACAUACCUGGAAAAAUAUUUAGAUUAUCGGCAUUUUGCAUAAAAGAAUAUACAUAUAAGAGUAAAGACGACAAAUAAAGAUCGAUUAUUUGUCUAAAUUGAAUUACUUUCUGUAACAAUCGCAAACUAUAACGAUGAGCUUCCUCCUGCUCUUAAUAUCCGCUGUUGGUGUGAUUAUAUUCUAUAAGAUUGCAUGGAUAAUGUAUGUCCAUUAUAUCAUGCGAAUAAAACUCAGCCAUAUUCCCGGAUCUGAUCGUUCGUUAUAUCAAUUACUACGUAAGAUGACCAGGCCUCAGCAAGUGUAUAAGAAAUUGUUUCCAUACCAAAAUAUAAAUGAACUUUGCACAAUUUGGAUUGGAUUGCACCCAAUAGUUUGCGUAACGAAACCAGAAUUUAUAAAGAACGUUCUUCAAAGUAAGACACAUGUCGAAAAAGCGGAACUAUAUAACUUCUUAAAACCAUGGCUAGGUAAUGGGCUUCUUACUGCUCCAGUUGAACUAUGGCAUAGAUAUAGAAAAAUAUUUUGGCCAACAUUUCAUUUUAAUAUGCUGGAACAAUUUACUGUCAUCAUGUCCGAAAAAACGGAAACUGUAAUAAAACGUAUUGAGAAGGAGAUAACAGAAAAUUCGACGAAAGUUAUUGAUAUUCUUCCAUUUAUACAACAUAUCACUUUGAACAUUAUAUGUGAAACGACGAUGGGAGUAAAUUUGGAUGAAGAAGACAUUACGUCUUAUCGAUUGGCUCUCGACAGAUUUUUGGAUUUAUAUUCGGUGCGUGUGACUCGAUCAUGGUUAUGGCUAUAUGAUUGGAUAUAUGAUUUAUUACCCCAGGGAAGAGAAUUUAAAACGGUAAUCAACAAUAUGCAAAGCUGUUCAGAUAAGAUAAUACAAUGGGGGAAAGUCGCACGUAUGCAGAACAUUAAAAUACAAAAUCAGCAGAAUAAUAAUAAUUUAGAUUUACCAGACAAACCGGAAAGUAAAACUUUACUAGAUCGUUUUCUGGAGGCAAAUGAGAAAGACAAUGUUUCGUUUCCUGAUGAAGAUUUGAGAGCAAACGUAACUUCGCUUCUAUUUGCAGGUCAUGAUACAACAGCGAUUUCCAUCAGUUGGGCACUUUUUUGUAUAGGCAAUGAUCUCAAAUGUCAAGAAAAGAUUCAUGAGGAACUGAAAGAGGUUUUCAAAGAUUCUCAAAGACCAGCUAGUAUUGAAGAGCUCUCGCAAUUAAAAUAUCUCGGGAGAGUUAUAAAAGAAUCGCGCAGAUUAUAUCCAAGUGUACCCUUAGUUAUGAGAAAAAUAUCAGAAGAUAUAAAAAUGGACAAUUAUAUAAUUCCGAAAGAUACUUCGGUCGCAGUGCAAAUUCUGUUGGUUCAUCGAAAUCCAGAAAUCUGGUCGAAUCCAUUAAAAUUUGAUCCAGACCGUUUCUUACCUGAGAAUUUGAAACAGAUACAUCCAUACGCUUACAUCCCGUUUAGUGCUGGACCAAGAAACUGCAUGGGACAAAAAUUCGCUAUGUUCGAAGAAAAGAUCAUAUUAGCAGCCAUACUCAGAAAGUGGAGAGUGAAAAGCAUAGAAACGCAUGAGGAAAUGACCGUAGAUAUGUCUCUGGUUUUAAAACCAAGACAGGGAUCAAUGUAUCUUCAUUUAUUACCACAAAAAUAGAAAGCUAUCAUGUUUGAUGCAAAAAA